UCUGACACCUGCCCGGCCGAUCAAACCAUUUUUAUAAUCCGCGCCUUCGAGCUGGCACAGCCUCGUUCCGUCCGUCCUUACUUGGACGAGUCUUUGGACUGAAGAACACACCUUCUCAUCAGAGCGUUCACCUCCGUCCUCAUGUUGUCGUUUGGGCGCGUUGGAAAUGCAGCGUACAGAGACGUCCCCGGUGUCUAUACCCAUGUCAAGGAUCCAAAUGAGCGUCGUCGUAUGGCCCUCGCGGAGGUCGACAAAGCGCCUUUUGGGUGGUAUCAUGUUCGACUAGCGGUCGUUACCGGUAUCGGGUUUUUCACAGAUGCGUACAGUUUGUUUGCCAUCAACCUCGCAGUCAUCCUUCUUGGUAUUGUAUAUUGGCAAGAUGCAGAGCACCGAGGCAUCAUGCCUCAUAAUGCGGAUACCGCCAUCAAAGUCGCAACUUCUGCCGGGGCCAUCUUCGGCCAAUGUAUAUUUGGGUAUCUAGGUGACUUGCUGGGGCGAAAGAAGAUGUACGGCGUUGAACUCAUGAUUAUCAUCUCAACGACACUUGCGCAGUCACUCUGUGGAGAAUCGACCAGUCUCUCUAUUGUCGGCGUUCUUAUCUUCUACCGCGUGGUGAUGGGUAUUGGCGUGGGCGGUGACUAUCCACUCAGUGCAGUCAUCACAGCAGAAUUCGCCAGCACCCGGUACCGUGGAGGUAUCAUUGCAGCUGUCUUCGCAAUGCAAGGGCUUGGUCAACUCGCCGCCUCUCUAGUGACACUCAUUGUAGUUGUCGUCUACAAAGACCAGUUGAUCACGGUAGCCACGGUUGGAGAUUGUGUUGGCCAGUGUGCCUUGACGGUAGACAAGAUGUGGCGCAUCAUCAUCGCAUUUGGCGGUAUCCCCGGAUGGUUUGCUCUCUACUAUCGACUCACGGUUCCGGAAACACCCCGAUACACCUUUGAUGUACUUUACGAUGUUGAAAAGGCGUCGGUUGAUGCAAGGAAGUAUCGCUAUGGCAAGCAAGGGAACGUCGUCAACCCGGUCACUCAGGCGAAAGCACGCAGCGAGAUGGCGAAGUACAAAACUCCUCAACCGACGUUGAUAGAGGUCCUUCGCUUCUACUCGCAAAAGCGCCAAGCUAUCAGACUCUUUGGCACUUCUAUGUCGUGGUUCUUCCUUGACCUAGCUUUCUACGGUCUUGGUUUCUCCUCCGCAUCCUUAAUGUCCACAAUGGGCUUCGACCAGCGCGCCAACCUAUAUCAGUACCUACGCAACACCGCGACCGGGCAAAUCGUGCUAAUCUGCGCCGGCGCCCUACCAGGCUACUGGCUCACCGUCUUCACAGUCGACGCCAUUGGCCGAAAACCUAUCCAAAUCGCCGGCUUCGGCAUCCUUACCAUAAUCUUCUGCGUUCUAGGAUUUGCUUGGCAAGGCCUUACAAAGACACAUCUACUUGUGCUCUAUGUCCUCGCACAAUUCUUCUUCAACUUUGGUCCCAACGCAACGACAUUCAUCACGCCCGCCGAGAUCUUCCCCACACGCGUACGCUCCACCGGCCACGGAUUCAGCGCUGGAAUGGGAAAACUUGGCGCCGUCUUCGCGCAAAUCUUCUUCGCCCCCAUGAUAAAAAAGGGCGCUACGCAUGAUAACCCCACACCGUGGAUCCAUGGCGUGAUGCAGAUCUUCGCCUUGUUCAUGUUUCUGGGUAUGUUGACGAGUCUUCUUGUUCCGGAAAGUAAGCGCGCGAGACUGGAAGAACUGGCCGGAGAGAAGGACGAUGUGUACGAGCUGCAAGCGAGUAAUUGGAGAAACAGGGGCGGAGCAGCAGCAGCAACAGCGGUCGAUAUUGAAGCGCCAGCUGUUGCUAGAGGCAGUGGAAGUGCGAUGAGCGGGAAGAGUACCGAGGGGAUAUUAGGAGAUGGGGAUAUUGAGAAAAAGCGGUGGAAAACGAGGCACUCUGAGUUACAACCGCAUGCUCUCUGAUGAUUUGAUUGUAAAUCGGAACUCUCUGGACAUUUUGCAUGGUGUUUAAGCGUCACAAUCUUUCAAUGGGCUUUCUCUUUUGUUAUCACAUCAUGUAGCAUACUUCCAUUCUCCUUACUCUUGCUCUAUACCCUUAUAUUGGGAAGUUGUA